AUGGGCAAGUUGCGAGAGUACAACAACGAAAUCAUCAUCGGCCACAACGUCGGCCCCUCCGACGUCAACAGCACACUGUACGCGAUUAAGAUUUAUCCCGCCGGUCUGGGCAUGUCCAGCGCCGACUUUUACAGCAACAAGACGAGCAAGUACUACCGCUCCUACCGGAAGCUGAUCCUCAACGUCGCCCAGCUACUGGGCGCAAACAACCGCAGCAACCUCUCCGCCGAAGUGGACGACCUCCUCGAGCUGGAGGUGAAGCUGGCGAACAUCUCGCGAAUGUACGAAAAGUUUGGCGGCGCCAGCUUCCAGCGAAUGCCACUGAAUCGCCUGUCGAAGCUGGUGCCGAAGAUCAACUGGACGGGCUACUUUGAGCGGGCCAUUCCGCUGCCGCUCAAUGAGACGGAGGCCAUUGGCAUCUUUGGCUUUGACUACUUUCUCGACGUGCAGGAGAUUGUCACUGUCACUUCGGAGACCACCAUCAAGAACUACCUCCUCUGGCGUUUCGUGAUGAACCGCAUCAAGAACCUCGAUCUGCGCUUCGAGAACGUCCUCGAGGACUACUACCGCGACCAGUACGGCACCAAAUCGGUGCCCGCCCGCUGGAAGAAGUGCGUCGACUUUGCCAACGGCAACCUGGGCACCGCCGUCAGUGCCCUCUACGUGCGCAAGUACUUUGACCUGGAGAGUAAGCACAAGGCAGUGCAGAUGAUCGAGAGCAUCCGCGAUGAGUUCAUGACCAUCGUCGACGAGUGCGACUGGAUGGACGCGGAGACGAGGGAGGACGCGAAGCGAAAGGCGAGAAACAUGGAGGUGUACAUGGGCUUCCCCGAGUACAUUCUCGACCCGGUGCAGCUCGAUAAGGAGUACGAACAUUUGGACUUUGACAACCGCACCUACUUUGAGAAUGUAAUUGGCUUCCUCCGGAACUCCACCGCCAAGUCGCAGGGGAAGCUCUACUCGGUGGACGACCGUACCAAGUGGAAUGUCGCCCCCACGGUGGUCAAUGCCAACUACCACCGCUUCAGGAACUCCAUCA